AUGGCUGAAAUCAAACAAAAGCUUACUGGUAGCAUUCCAUCAAACGUUGGAAAUUGCACUUCCUUGGAAGAAAUAUAUUUGAACACGAAUAACUUUGUUGGAUCGAUUCCUGAAAGUAUUGAGAAUCUUGAACACUUAGUUUACUUUGAUGUUAGCGACAACACGUUGGAGGGCAAUCUUCCGUUUCUUUCUGGAAACUGCAAAGAGAUGGACACCUUGGCCUUGUCCGACAACCAGUUGGAUGGAAGUAUUCCAUCUGCCUGGGGGAAUUGGCAACUCAAGAAGCUGAAACUCCUUUAUCUUAAUUACAAUCAUGAUAACCAGCUUGAAGGCAGAAUCCCAGCUGAGCUAGGAAUGCUUAGUGAAUUGGAGACUCUGUAUCUUUACACCAAUCAUUUGAGUGGUGAAAUUCCAAAGAGCAUAUGGAAGAUUCGUAGCCUGCAGAGACUUGCGGUUUAUCAAAAUAAUCUUACCGGAGAGCUUCCUAUCGAAAUUUUGGAACUAAAGCAGUUGAAAAAUUUGUACUUGUUUGAGAACGAAUUCAGUGGGGUUAUACCUCGAGGCUUCGGCAUCAACAGCAGUUUGGAGAUACUAGAUUUAACUGACAACCAAUUCACGGGUAAUAUUCCUCCGAAUCUUUGCUUUAGGAAUCGAUUGGUAUUGCUGAACUUGGGCCGGAACAAUUUUCAAGAAUCAACUCAAUGGAGUGCUGCCUUUUUCUGCGGCUUUGGAAACAUGAGCAAACUCAAAGUGUUGGACUUGGGAAAAAAUGGCUUUCAUAACACAAAUUUGCCUUCCUCUCUAUGCAAAUUGGAGAUGCUGGAGUAUCUUGUUUUGUCCGACAACAAGUUCACUGGUGUAAUUCCCGAUUGCUUCACUAGCCUGACUAAACUCACAGUACUCAGCUUGCGACAUAAUGGUUUUCGCGGGAUGAUCCCAUCAAAUUUUCCAGAGGGAAAUGCGUUGAGGAACCUUGGUCUAAAUGGGAAUCAACUAGAAGGACCUUUGCCAAAAUCUCUGCUCAACUGUACAAGUUUGGAAAUCCUCGACGUGGGACAAAACAAUAUAACGGACACUUUUCCUAUGUGGCUCGGAAGCCUCCCAGAGCUUAGUGUUCUUAUGUUGAAACUGAAUCAUUUUCACGGUAUCAUUGGCACUAUUCCAGUUAAAUCAUUCCAAAAGCUGCAAAUUCUUGACCUAUCUCAUAAUCAAUUCUGCGGCUUCCUUCCACCAGAAAUGAUGGAUGGUUUUCAAGCUAUGAAGGAGAAUGACAGCCGAAUACAGCUCAAAAACACCAGUGCCCGGCCAUAUUAUGAAGAUUCAGUGACUUUAGUGAUAAAGGGAUUUGAGCAUGAGCUAAAGCGCGUCUUAACAAUAUAUACAGCCAUCGAUUUGUCUUGCAACCAGUUUGAAGGAAGCAUUCCAAAAUCAUUAACAAAGCUGAAUUCGCUCCGGAUUUUAAAUUGUUCCAACAACAAUUUUGAUGGUGUAAUCCCAUCAACCAUUGGGAACUUAUCCUCCCUGGAGUCAUUAGACCUUUCCGUGAAUCAACUUGACGGACAGAUUCCAUCUGGACUUGCAAAUCUGAAUUUUCUUUCCACCUUGAAUCUUUCUCAAAAUCAGCUAGUGGGACGCAUCCCUACAGGUCGACAACUUAACACAUUUUCCCCAUAUUCUUAUGGUGAAAAUCCAGGAUUAUGUGGAUUCCCACUUGAGGAUUGCAGAGUAUUACCUAAUGGACAGCAAAUGCAAUCAUCUUCGAGCCAUCGCCAAACAGAUGAUCAUGCCUUUAUGGAGGGAUUUACCUGGGAGUCAGUGGUCUUAGGGUUUGGUUGUGGAUUGAUUGUUGGAUUGUUGAUGGGAGAUCUACUGUUUAAUAGUAACUGGCCAAAACGGCUUAAUGCAAUUGUUAAAGAUAUACAUAAACACCAAAACAAUCGAAAAGUCAUCCAACAAAUCCAUUCUAGGCUAGUGAUAAACUCAACAGAAAAAUCCUUCCAAUUUGUAAGGCUUUGGAACUUUAUUCUUCGACAUUAUGGUCUUGGUGAUUUUCCUCAAGAAGCUGUUUUCCUCUUCAAAAGCCUCCAUCACAACCGUUGUCAAGAUUCCAUCUUUGACAGUUUCACGUACUGUUUCCUCAUCAAAGCUGGUGCUAAUUUAGCCGAUGCAAGUUUAGCCAAACAGAUUCAUUGCUGUUGUAGUAAGGUGGGUUUUGAGAAUCAUGUUUAUGUACAAACGGGUUUGGUCGAUAUGUAUAUGGGAUGUCGGUGUACCGUGGAAGCACUGAACGUGUUCGAUGAAAUGCCUGAGAGGAAUUCUGUGACUUGGAAUGCUUUGCUAACAGGAUUUAUUAGAUGGGGUGACUUGACUUCUGCUCGGUCUGUUUUCGAUGGGAUGCCUGAGAAGAAUGUUGUCUCAUGGACCGGAAUGAUUGAUGGAUAUACUCGAAUAUGCCAAUUUAACGAAGCUUUGUCAUUAUUGCGGGAAAUGGCUCAUCAUGGCGUCAAAUUUAGUGAAGUUACUCUUUUAGCAGUUUUUCCAGCCAUAUGGAAUCUCAAGUCUAUUCAGCUCUGUCAAAUGGUUCAUGCUUAUGGAGAGAAAAGCGGGUAUAAUGCAUUUGAUAUACGCGUCAUGAAUUGUUUGAUAGAUACUUAUGCGAAGUGUGGCAGUAUGGAAUGCGCAGUUAAAGUUUUCGAUGAGAUAUUAGAUGAGAGGAAAAAUGUAGUUACUUGGACUUCGAUUAUAUCUGGUUUCGCUAUGCAUGGAUUGGCAAAGGAAGCUACAGAAAGGUAUAGAAGGAUGAUCAAUACUGGUCUAAAACCCAAUCGGAUAACGUUUUUGAGUCUAAUAAAUUCAUGCAGUCACGGAGGAUUAGUGGAUGAAGGUAUUGAGAUUUUCAAAAGGAUGGUUAAUGAGUGUGGGAUCGUUCCCGACAUAAAGCACUAUGGGAGUUUAAUAGACAUGUUAGGGAGGGUGGGAAGGCUAGAGGAAGCAGAAAUGAUUGCUGCGGAAAUUCCAAGCGAUCAAAGCAAUGCAUUUGUUUGGAGGACACUUCUGAGUGCGUGUAGUUUCUAUGGAGAGGUUGAGAUUGGCGUAAGAGUCACAAAAAAGAUUAUGGAGGUUGAGAGGAAAUAUGGUGGUGAUUACGUGGUGUUGUCCAACAUAUUCGCCAGUACCGGUAGAUUUAUGGACUCAGAAAAAGUGAGGAAGGACAUGGAUGAUGCUAAUGCUGCAAAAGUCACAGGACUAAGCUCUUUUUGA